CGUUGACAGCUCGUGUUGUUGCGCAAUAUACGCCAUGGACCAAGGUUCUGGAGGAGGGAUGGUGCAGCACGUACUUCGGCACCAUCAGUACCACCCUGCCUGAAUGUGGGGUACAGAAACACAGAAGAACAACAAACAAGUCGGACAUAAUUUGGCCACACGGAUAAUACGAACAGCGACAUGGAAGAUCAGAAGGAAUCACUUAGGAAAAUUACCAACACACUGGCUCUGAAGAAUGAGGAGAUCCAGAACUUCAUAUCUUCACUGAAGCAGAACCUGGAGAACGUCCAGAUGAAUGCAAACCGUGCUCAAGACGACCUGGAGGGUGAGUUCAGCUCGCUGUACUCAGUCCUGGACGAGCUGAAGGAGAGCAUGGUGACCCGGAUAAAGCAGGAGAGGGCCGCGCGUGUUUAUGAGCUGCAGAACCAGGUGAGCACAUGCACCAAAGCUCUGGAGAGUUCAGAGGAGCUGCUGGAGUUGGCCAAUCACACACUGUGCUCCUCAGCGAUGGACGGUUUCAACCAGGCUGCCAAAGACAUAAAGGAUAGUGUGACAAUGGCCCCUGCCUUCCGGCUCUCACUUAAGCCCAAGGUCAGUGACAAUAUGAGUCAUAUGAUGGUGGAUUUCACUCAGGAGAGGGACAUGCUACAGGCCAUCAAGUUCCUUCCAGUUCCGUCGACCCCGGAAAUACAGGUGUCUGAGUGCCAGGUGUGUGAUAACACAGUGAUGGUGGUCUGGACUCUGCCGGAACCCGACACCAAAAUCGAUCACUACAUCCUGGAGCACCGCCGGACCAAUCACGAGGGCCCACCGCGCGUCCGUGAGGAGUACCCCUGGAUGGUGGUGGAGGGCAUCCGCCACACAGAGCACACGCUCACAGGGUUACGCUUUGACACACGCUUCAUGACAUUCCGUGUAAAGGCGUGCAAUAAGGCCGUGGCCGGAGAUUUCUCGGAGCCUGUAACCCUAGAAACCAAUGCUUUCCUCUUCAAGCUGGACUCUAGUUCGUCCCACCAGAACUUGCGGGUGGAGGACCUUUCCGUAGAGUGGGACAGCAGUGGUGGGAAGGUCCAAGAGAUGCGUAAGGAGAAGAACAGGACCAGCUCACCGAUGAACUCUCCCGCCAGGAAUGCCAUGAUGUCUCCCAAGAGGGCGCCCUCGGCCCGGGUGGGUCGUGACCGGUUCACGGCCGAGUCCUACACCGUGCUAGGGGACACCAUGAUCGACGCUGGCCAGCACUACUGGGAGGUUCGGUUUGACAAAGAGAGCAAGGCCUUCGCUGCCGGUGUGGCCCUACGGUCCCUGGGUCGCUUCGACCAGCUGGGGAAGAGCAGUGCCUCCUGGUGUCUCCACCUCAACAACUGGCUGCAGCAGAGUUUCACGGCCAAGCACAACAACAAGGCGCGCACCCUGGACUGCCCCAUCCCCGACCGCAUCGGUGUCUACUGUGGCUUCGAGGAAGGGGUCCUAUCCUUCUACAAUUCCAGGACCAAACAGCUGCUGCACACGUUCAGAACCAAGUUCCAGCAGCCCGUCAUACCAGCCUUCAUGGUGUGGAACGGCAGCUUCUCAGUGCAGACAGGGCUGCAGGUGCCCAGGGUGGUACAGAGCGGCCAGAGGAGAAGCAGCGGCACCAGCAGCUCAAACGCCAGCAUCAACUAAGUCGAGGCCCCCUGCCACCGUCGCCACUGAAACUCAACCCACGUGCGCCCGCUCCAGUUCUGACGGAGAGUGAUCCAAACCCAUUUCUCACCAUCACUCAGAACUUUUAACCAGCUCCUGCUAGCGUUUGCAUCCACUAACCCCCCCCCUGUGGAAGGGCGGGGGGAGUUGGGCUGCAUUCCCUCCGAUUCUUCUUGUGCCUUUCAGCUUCUUGAAACCCGAGUCUCAUGCACUCACGCGAUCCUGCAUCAUCUACAGAGCAGAGUUCCAGAAGGAUAAAGAUCGUUUUCCUGCAAUUACAUCUAUUCUGAGUGUCUGUCAUAAGAAGUUUUCAGUUUCUCUUUCAUUCCCCACAGUCCAAAUUUCAUGAGACGGCAGCACAAGCACACGUUAGCAGUCACUGAAUAAAUGGCGCCUGGCUUCUAUUAGAUGGUAUUAGUUUCACUGACAGUGUGAAUAUGGGGGUGAGUGGGGGAGGGGGUUCGUCUAUACUAGUGUGGCUCAGUGGGUUAGGGCACUGUGCUUGAGAUCGGAAGGCCCCUAACACUCAGGUGCCCCAGGGACUGUCUCACCCAGCUCAUCGCUUUGGAUAAAAGCACCUGCUACAUGUAAGAAUGUAACUAUGUACCUGUCUCCUGUAUUGCAAGCUGGGUAUGUGGGUGCCUGAAUUUCACUGGUGUACACUGCAGUGCAUCUGCUUUCUGUUCAUGGGAAUCAGAUCAAGCCAGUGGUUGACGGAUUGACUUCACCCACCAUUGAACUGCACUGGGAAAUUUAAAUGCUUGGGCAUUUUUAUUGGACUUGAUUGUUUUUUUUUGUGUGUACUCCACAAUGCAUUAAAGCUUCCAAACUAUGAUAUAAAA